AUGGCGACUCACGAAUCCCAGAUGGAAGCUGACAUCAAAAUGAUGUGUGCUGCUGAGGUUCACCUCGGAACCAAGAACUGCAACUACCAAAUGGAGCGUUACGUUUUCAAGAGACGCAACGACGGUAUCUACAUCUUUAACCUUGGGAAAACAUGGGAGAAGUUGAUGAUGGCUGCACGAGUUAUCGUUGCUAUUGAGAACCCACAAGACAUCAUUGUGCAGUCUGCUAGACCUUAUGGUCAGAGAGCUGUCUUGAAGUUUGCUCAGUACACUGGAGCCAAUGCCAUUGCUGGAAGACACACUCCUGGUACCUUCACUAAUCAGAUGCAAACCUCAUUCAGUGAGCCAAGGUUGUUGAUUCUUACUGAUCCACGUACUGACCACCAGCCCAUCAAGGAAGGUGCUUUGGGAAACAUCCCAAUCAUUGCUUUCUGUGACACUGACUCACCCAUGAGGUUUGUUGACAUUGGUAUCCCUGCCAACAACAAGGGAAAGCACAGCAUUGGAUGUCUUUUCUGGCUUCUUGCUCGUAUGGUCCUUCAGAUGCGUGGAACCAUUCGCCCUGCUCAGAAGUGGGAUGUCAUGGUGGACCUGUUCUUCUACAGGGAGCCAGAGGAGGCUAAGGCAGAGGAUGAGGAUGAAGUUGCACCUCAGGCAGAGUAUGGACUACCUGCUGCUGAGUAUGGAGGUGGAGACUGGUCCACUGCUGCCAUCCCUGAUGCUGCAUGGCCAGGAGAAGCCCAGGCGCCAAUCUCUGCUGCUCCUGCUGCUGCUGGUUCUUGGAAUGAUUCCAGCGUUGCUCCAGCAGCAGAAGGUGGUUGGGACCCGGCUGUGCCACCCACAGCAGCUCCAGCUGGCAAUUGGGAGUAAAGUUGAUGCCCUUUACAAUGGUCAUAGACAAAUGUGUUUUUUGGUUGCUGUUUGGAAUUGAAGAGUUAUCAAACCACAACUGUGUCUCUUCAAUCCUCUCUUUAGACAAUACAUUUAGGGUUAUUCUGUUUUGCAAUUUUUGCUUUGAAUGGAAUUUUUACUAUAUUUAUCUCGUACGUUUUGUUAUAAAAGCUUCUGGUUCUUUACAAUAAUUCUGAUCAACUGUAACUUAUGAAUUCCACAAAAAAUGUAAAACGAAUAGCAAAGCUAAGACAGUUCUGUUUCAUCAAAACUAGCUCCUGAAUGCCUCAAGGCGAAGAUGGAGAAGUAUCUGGUCAGGAAUUUAACUCUGUAGAGACAUUUUGCAGACGGGGAUACCAAAUCUGGUUGCUGAACCGAGUCUGCAACCAUUGUAAACUAGUCCCAAAAUGAAGGUGUAUAUCUAAUAGCUUAUCAUGCUAGCUCAUUCACCCACUGUCUGUUUCAGUGUUCAUUCUCAAAUCUAUUACAAGUGUUAUUAUAGUAGUUCCAUGUCCUCCAAUGGUGUGAUGGUAGACGUAGAGUUUACAGGGUUGGUUUUCCUUUCCUCUGGAUCAGCCGUGGAAGAGAGAGACUUCGAAGCUCUCUGAGCAUAUGGAAUCUUGGACAACAAACUAGCACCAGAAGAAUAAUGUUGUUCCCUCUGCCCUAAUCGAGGUUACAAAUUUAGAUCAUAUGUUGUGCAAUGGCUACAGUCGAUGGUCGAUGUUGAGAAGCCGAAACUUCAAAGCUAUUUUAUAUUGUGACAAGGGAGAAGAACAACAGUGUAUAAUACACUCGGUUACACACAAGCAGAGAACAUUUACACAAAAUUAGAACACCAAAGACUCAUAACAUUAACACAACAAUAACCAUUCAAGACCAAAGAUCCAUGACAUUGUCUCCAUCAAAGAGACUACUCAGAGAUGUCGAUGAACCACAGUCUCCGCCAUCCAUAAACGGCAUCUGAAAGAAACAAUCCGUCUCUUUCUCAAAAGCAAGAAGCUCUUCCGAAAGCAAAGCAUUCACGUUAGCUUCACCAUCACAACCUUCCUGUUUCUUCUUCUUCUCCUUCACAUCUCCAAUGAUGACAUCCUCAAGCCACUGUGUAUCAACCUGAAUAGUAUCCCCCUCCCACAGGACAGAGCUAGCCACUGCAACCUCAUGCUUCUCUUUUAUCUUAACACCAUGAGGCUGUGGUGAAGAAGAAGAAGAGGCUUUACGCUUUCUUGAAGAUGAUUCGUUAGGGAAGUUGAGCUUAGCUUUAACUCCACGUAUUCUCUUAGCUUCAAGGUCAUAAGCUCUUGCGGCAUCUUCCGCAGUGUUGAACGUCCCGAGCCAAACUCUAACUCCUUUGAUUGGGUCCCGAAUCUCAGCCGCCCAUCUUCCCCAUGGCCUUCUCCUGAUUCCUCUGUACUCACUACUCUUAUUCUUCUUCUUCUUCCUCACGUCAAAAGCGGGAGUUUUGCUUGUGGUGGAGAAUAACGGCUGCUUGGUCGUUGAGAAUUCGUUCUCCAGCUCGAAAUCAUCAAAAUCUACGUCGAAAUCGUCGAGUGUUAAGUCAACGACGUCGUCGUGUCUCCAAGGAGACUUGUAGGGUGUCGAUCUGCCGGAUCUCGGCGGCGCUAUGUAAUCGGAAAUAACUGCUCCUCCGCACAUUUGAACAAAGGUUUUGAGUUUGAAGUGGAAUUUCUUAAAGGUGGUUUUA